GAGGAAGAGAAGUUAGAACAUGAAGGAGGAGGCAGGUCACCCGACGGGCCGGCGACAGCCACCGACCACUGGCAACUCACGUGGGCGUCGAUUAAAUCCUCCUCCACAACCCAAACAUGCACUACGAUGAUGGAAAAUAUACUGGGCAUGAUACAUCCGCAAUCCCUGAUGCUACCCCAUUCAUUCUUCCAACAAUUUCUUCCGACGCUGUCACGACAAUCCCCAGUGUCCCCAGUGGCUGAGCGCAGUAACAGAAGCGCUGAACAUCGACCUGCAGGUCCUGCACGCCGCCCGGUCCGCAUCAAUUGCGGCUUCAACCUCCUCGCCGUCAAGCACUACAGCCGAGGACGACUCUUGGACGACAGUCGAUACAGUUAUGUGGGCGAUGACUUCCCAAACGAGCUCCCGAUUCGCCUCGACAACGUUGAGAUGGACUUUGAGGCCGUUUCGGGAGAUAGCUGGUACAGCCAGACGGGGUUCGACGCCUGGCUGCAGUGGCAUGCGCUGGAUCACUUCCCCAGAGCACAUGGCUUCGUGAAGCUGGGACCGGAGGGUAGGCAAUUCGGGAUAUCGAUGUUCCACCAGAUCCAUUGCCUUUCGAUGAUUCGAGAGGGGUUGAUCAAUGGUGCGAGCGAUCAUUCCGCGCACUGUCUCAACUUCCUACGACAAGCGGUACUCUGCAAUGCGGACACGACGCUCGAAACCACCACGGAGACCACUCAUUCGUGCAAGGACUGGACGCAGGCCUAUGAUUUUAUCUCGGAGAACCAGAACCUGUGGCCGAAGAAACAGCGUCCGAGCCAAAACCAGACCGUGACGAGCAAUCACACGCACGACCUGCGGUAGCAAUCAUAGCCAGUACGAGAUUGGAUGGAUUGACUCGUAGAUAGCCUUCCCCGACACGCGUUA